GAUAGACGAGCAACAGUUAAGUGCUAAGCCGCUAUGCAUUUCUACAAUUAAAAGUUGUCCCUGUUUAUUCAAAGCUUUCACGCAUUUACAGCUGGUUUACAGCUGACCCAAGAUGCGACCAUUUUCCGGCAGCGAUUGCUUGAAGCCCGUCACCGAGGGCAUCAAUCGCGCCUUCGGUGCCAAGGAGCCAUGGCAGGUGGCCACCAUUACGGCCACCACAGUGCUUGGCGGCGUCUGGCUCUGGACGGUGAUUUGCCAGGAUGAAAGUCUCUACAUUCGUGGAAAGCGCCAGUUCUUCAAGUUCGCCAAGAAAAUCCCCGCCGUGCGUCGGCAAGUUGAAGCUGAGUUGACCAAAGCCAAGAACGACUUCGAGGCUGAAAUCAAGAAGAGCAACGGUCACCUCGCCUACAAUGAAACGCUGCCCGAGAAGGGUCUAAGCAAGGAGGAGAUCCUCCGUCUGGUGGACGAGCAUCUUAAGACCGGUCACUACAACUGGCGGGAUGGCCGUGUGUCCGGAGCUGUGUACGGCUACAAGCCUGAGCUGGUGGAACUGGUCACAGAGGUGUACGGCAAGGCAUCCUACACGAAUCCCCUGCACGCAGAUCUCUUCCCGGGCGUCUGCAAGAUGGAAGCGGAGGUGGUGCGCAUGGCAUGCAACCUGUUCCACGGCAACUCCGCCAGCUGCGGCACCAUGACCACCGGUGGCACCGAAUCCAUCGUGAUGGCCAUGAAGGCGUACAGAGACUAUGCUCGUGAGCACAAGGGCAUCACCAGGCCCAACAUUGUGGUGCCGAAGACGGUGCACGCAGCCUUCGAUAAGGGCGGCCAGUACUUCAACAUCCAUGUGCGCUCCGUGGACGUCGAUCCCGAGACCUACGAAGUCGACAUUAAGAAGUUCAAGCGCGCCAUCAAUAGGAACACCAUUCUGUUGGUUGGCUCUGCUCCCAACUUCCCCUAUGGUACCAUCGAUGAUAUCGAGGCCAUUGCCGCUUUGGGCGUGAAGUAUGACAUUCCCGUUCACGUUGAUGCCUGCCUGGGUAGCUUUGUGGUGGCUCUGGUCCGCAAUGCCGGCUACAAGCUGCGUCCCUUUGACUUUGCCGUCAAGGGAGUGACCAGUAUCUCUGCGGAUACCCACAAGUACGGAUUUGCACCGAAGGGAUCCUCGGUGGUCCUCUACUCGGACAAGAAGUACAAGGAUCAUCAGUUCACGGUGACCACCGACUGGCCGGGCGGCGUGUACGGUUCCCCCACUGUGAAUGGUUCUCGUGCCGGUGGCAUCAUCGCCGCCUGCUGGGCCACGAUGAUGAGCUUUGGCUAUGAUGGUUACUUGGAGGCCACCAAGCGCAUUGUGGACACAGCUCGUUACAUCGAAAGGGGAGUCCGCGACAUCGAUGGAAUCUUUGUGUUUGGCAAGCCGGCCACAUCGGUAAUAGCUCUGGGCUCAAAUGUUUUUGACAUUUUCCGGCUCUCCGACUCGCUGUGCAAACUUGGUUGGAACCUCAACGCCCUGCAGUUCCCCUCCGGCAUCCACAUCUGCGUGACGGACAUGCACACUCAGCCCGGUGUGGCGGAUAAGUUCAUUGCUGAUGUCCGCAGCUGCACGGCUGAGAUCAUGAAGGAUCCCGGCCAGCCUGUGGUUGGAAAGAUGGCCCUGUACGGCAUGGCCCAGAGCAUACCUGAUCGUUCGGUGAUCGGGGAAGUGACUCGCCUGUUCCUGCACUCCAUGUACUAUACGCCCAGCCAGAAAUAGACUCCUUCCGGGCUCACUCCACCUAUAACUCAACUACUCCCACCCUUCCGCCGCGGAGCUGAAUGCAUUUCCUGUGCCGUAUUUAAUACCAACCCCAAGCAAUUUACUCUAGCCUGCAAUUAGUGCUGUAAUCGAGGGUACAAAAGUCGACUAUGGAUCUAUAAAUUCAUCAUUACAACAUUCAACAUUCGUCUCUCUAAGUGCUAUGUUAUGGAAAAGUGUUUAUUCUGUGUAACAACUUGCUAGUGAACUAAUAAAAUAAUGUUAAUCAA